AUGAGAACUGAAUAUCAAAAUGGUAGAACGGUGUGUUGUUUUUGUUGCUUCGCACGACAGGUUUUGUCCAAUGCAGGGCACAACUGCAAAGAAGUGCAUGAGUCUGUUCUGCGACUGGUCGAUGUCUCCAGCUUGGAGGUGGGAAAUGCAUUUCACCACUUCGUGGACAGUGUUCCGAUGCUGUUGCAGCAAUUGGAACAACUCUCCGAAGAUGAUGAACGUGGCCCAGUUUAUGGCCAGCUCUUUCCAAAUGUCAUGGUGGUGUUGCAGCUCAGUUUGAAGGCACUUCAAUUGUUGGGGCUGGCUGCUGUGAUGCAUAGGCCCUGCUUUCAGUCCUCCGUUCGUCUCCUGCUGGGACGGAGUUUGCAACCGCUGCAGCAAGCCUUACAGCAGCAGGUCUCCACAAUGUGGUGGAUGUUCGACAUCGGCCAGUUUUCGAACACCAACAGCCCAGCGAAACACUUGCAGGCGUUGCUUCGCUGCCUGGAAAAGGCUGAGGCUUUAUUCGCAGGUCUUCGGGAGGCAUUGCCUGAGGAGCUUCCGCGUUCAGAGCACUUCUGGGGCCAUCAGGAGCAUGGCAUGUUCAUGAACUCCACGGUCAUCUAUCGGACGCUUUUCCCAGAGUCAGCAAUUCUGGACAAAGGGCUGCUUCGCUACUUGCUUCGUCUCUUGCCACGAGACACACGUCUUGGCGAUUUCGGAGCUUUAGACGGGCAGUACUCCAGGUGGCUGAACGACACAGGGUGGGUCACAGCCUUUGCCUUUGAUGGUGUCACCGGUGUCACAGAGAUCACAAAUGGUGCUGUGACUCAGGUCGAUCUGGCUGAAAAGUUGGAGAUAGAUUGGUACCCAGAGCCUUUCGAUUGGGUCAUGUGCUUGGAGGCGUUCCAAAAGGAUUUCAUUGAAUCGGCGUAA